ACCUGCAAUUUCAUGCUCUUGCUAUUUUAAUACCCCGUAUUCCUCACCUCCAUUUGUCCACGCAACUACUUUCUGUAGCCAUGACUGCCGCCUCUUCUUCUUCCUUCUUCACUCUCCUCGCAUUCGUCAUUUCCGCUCUCAUCUUCUUCCUCUUCCGGAAAUCCAAAUCCAAAACCCUAAACCUUCCUCCAGGUCCUCCCGGUUGGCCUGUCGUUGGCAACCUCUUCCAGUUCGCUCGUUCUGGGAAACCCUUCUUCCAAUACGUCGACGACCUCAGGAAAGAAUAUGGUCCCAUUUUUACUCUUAAAAUGGGAACCCGAAACAUGAUUAUACUCAGCGACGCCAUGCUCUGCCACGAGGCCUUGAUCGAGAGGGGUGCUCUGUUCGCCAGCCGGCCAAGGGAAAACCCAACUCGGAACAUCUUCAGCUGUAAUAAAUUUACGGUAAAUGCAGCAGUUUAUGGCCCUGUCUGGAGGUCCCUGAGGCGGAACCUGGUGCAGAACAUGUUAAGCUCCACGAGGCUUAAGGAAUUCCGAACUGUACGGGAGAUGGCUAUGGAUAAACUCAUUGCUCGUCUUAGUGCUGAAGCAGAGGCCAACAACGGCGUUGUUUGGGUGCUGAAAAAUGCCCGAUUUGCGGUGUUCUGUAUACUUUUAGCUAUGUGUUUUGGAAUUGAGAUGGAUGAAGAGACGGUGGAAAAAAUGGAUCAGACGAUGAAAGCUGUUCUGAUUGUUCUCGAUCCCAGAAUCGAUGAUUAUCUUCCCAUUUUGCGUCCAUUUUUUUCCAAGCAAAGGAACAGAGCAUUGCAGGUUCGUAAGGAACAAGUGGAUUACAUCGUCCAAUUCAUCGAAAAGCGUAGGCAAAUGAUCCGGAACACCGGAUCAGAUAAAGCGGCUAUGUCGUUUUCUUAUCUCGACACCCUUUUCGAUCUCAAAGUAGAAGGGAGGAAAUCGGGGCCAUCUAACCCAGAAUUGGUGUCACUCUGUUCUGAGUUCCUCAACGGCGGGACCGACACCACCGGAACCGCCAUAGAGUGGGGUAUUGCGAGGCUGAUUGACAACCCAGAUGUUCAGUCCAAGCUCUACGAGGAGAUUAAAUCGACCGUUGGUGAUCGGAAAGUGGAGGAACAAGACGUAGAAAAAAUGACGUAUCUUCAAGCUGUGGUGAAAGAACUUCUCCGGAAGCACCCGCCGACUUUCUUUGUCCUUACUCAUGCGGUAACAGAGCCGACAACUCUGGCGGGUUACGACAUUCCAACGGAUGUUAACCUAGAGAUAUACUCACCGGCGAUCAGUGAGGAUCCGAAACUGUGGUCGAAUCCGGAAAAGUUCGACCCUGAUCGGUUCGUAUCGGGCAAGGAAGAUGCGGAUAUAACAGGGGUAAAAGGGGUCAAGAUGAUGCCAUUCGGAGUAGGGCGGAGGAUUUGCCCCGGACUGGGAAUGGCGACGGUGCAUGUUCACCUGAUGCUGGCGAGAAUGGUGCAGGAAUUUGAAUGGAAAGCUUAUCCACCAAACAGCCCCUUGGAUUUCACCGGAAAAUUGGAGUUUACUGUGGUGAUGAAGAAUCCUUUGAGAGCUAUGAUCAAACAAAGGGCUUAAUUAAGACUAUCAUAAAUUAAUAGGACAUUCUUCUGUGUGGUGAUAAAAAAAAAUUAGUUUGCAGGCGGAUUAUGUCUUAUUGCAAAAUAUUAUUAGAUAAUUAAAUUCUUCAAUUUAAUAGUUGAUAUUUUAUAAUUUAAUACAGUUUAAAUUAUAAGAUGCUCAACUCUUAUUUUUUUUAAAAAAAUAGGUAUCAAAAUCAUAGUGGGGGCAUAUAGGUUCGUUUGAAAUUGCUCCUGAAGUGUGUGUUUUUGUAAAGGUUUUAUGAAAGUCAUUUGCCUUGAAUCUGUUUGAUAUAUUAAUAUGGAAAAUGAAUGAAUGGUAUAUUA